AUGAUGGAGUCUCUUGAGGAUAUGGAUUUGGAGACAAGCCAAGCGAAUGAGUCUAAAGCCCACCCAGUCUUCUUCUCUCUAGACUAUCAGCAUGUCCAAGUGCCCUUUGAGAUUACCCUGUGGAUCAUGUUGGCUUCCUUGGCUAAAAUAGGUUUCCAUUUGUUUGAGAAACUACCUUCUGUUGUCCCUGAAAGCUGCUUAUUGAUUUUCGUGGGGCUUAUCAUGGGAGGGAUCAUUUAUGGCUUAAACGACAAAUCCCCUCCAGUCAUGGACAGUGACAUCUUCUUCCUCUACCUCCUGCCACCCAUUGUCCUGGAUGCUGGCUAUUUCAUGCCCAGUCGCCCCUUCUUUGAGAACAUUGGGACAAUCCUCCUAUAUGCUGUUGUGGGGACGAUAUGGAACGUCUUUGGAAUUGGAUUCUCGCUCUAUGGGAUAUGCCAAGUGGACACCUUCCAGCUACGUGAUAUAUCUUUGCUUCAUAACCUCUUGUUCAGUAGCUUGAUUGCAGCUGUUGACCCUGUUGCUGUGCUCUCUGUGUUCGAAGAGAUACAUGUCAAUGAGAAGCUUCACAUUUUGGUAUUUGGAGAAUCUCUUCUCAAUGAUGCUGUGACAGUUGUCUUGUAUAAGCUGUUCAGGUCCUUCUGUGAAAUGCCGUCAAUUAAAACAGCGGAUGUGUUCGCAGGAAUUGGGAAGUUUUUUGUGGUCGGAAUCGGCGGGGUCCUGGUGGGCCUCCUGUUUGGCAUGAUAGCCGCCUUUACUACACGAUUCACCAAAAAUAUUCGUGUGAUUGAGCCCCUUUUUGUCUUCCUCUACAGUUACCUGUCCUAUCUCACAGCAGAAAUGUUCCACCUGUCCGGUAUUGUGGCAAUUAUUGCAUGCGCAAUGGGCAUGAAACGUUAUGUGGAGGCCAACAUUUCUCUGAAGUCCCACACGACCAUUAAAUACUUCAUGAAGAUGUGGAGCAGUGUUAGUGACACCCUCAUCUUCAUCUUCCUAGGAGUCUCCACCAUCGGUGACAAUCAUGAGUGGAGUUGGUCGUACAUUUGCUUCACAGUCAUUUUCUGUCUCCUUUGGAGAGCACUAGGAGUUCUUGUCCUGACUUUCAUCAUAAACAGAUCACAUGUCAACACCGUUACACCCAAGGACCAGUUCAUUAUUGCCUAUGGGGGGCUUAGAGGAGCCAUCUGUUUCUCCCUGGUUUUCUUGCUCCCGGACUAUCCGAGAAAGAAGCUCUUCAUUGCAGCAACUACUGUUGUGAUCCUCUUCACUGUGUUUGUACAGGGCAUGACCAUCCGUCCUCUUGUUGACUUGCUAGACGUCACCAGAGAGCAAGAAAGUGCUCCCACCGUGGGAGAACAAAUUCAUAUUCGGUUCUUGGAUCAUUUGUUGGCUGGCAUAGAAGAUAUAUCAGGACACUGGGGACAGUAUUAUUGGAAAGACAAAUUGGAAUACUUCAAUAGCAAAUAUCUCCAGAAAUUUUUGCUCCGGGAAUAUGUGCAGCCAAAAUCGAGCAUUGUGCUCCUAUAUGAGAAGCUGGAGAGGAAACAUGCCAUUGAGCUAGCUGAAGCAGGGCAGCUCAUUUGCGGUCCAACCCAUAGCUCAUUGCUGUAA